CAAAAAUCACGUGGAAAGUCCCGGAUGCGUGGAUCUGGGUGGGCACUCCCGCAGUGAUUCCGAUGGUUUUGCACAAGCCUAGAGUGAUGCACCCUCAUCAGGAUCCAUAUUACAACGGGCCGGCAUUCGCUCGCGCAAAUCUCCAAAGUUAUUCGAUGCAUCGCCAGAAUUAUUUGGAGAAUUGCGGUAUAUACCAUUAACCAUCAUUCCCAAAUAAUUCUUGCUCAAUCGCUCUCCUAGCGACUAGCUACGAGCAGCUCUCUCUCGCCUCCUCAAAUAAUGUUUCGACACAGAAUCCAGGUCCAGAAUUUACGAGCCUCAGCUCACAUCCUGUGGUAGUGCCGGCAGGGUUCACAGAGCGCAGCACAAACGCCCCGGGCUGGUGGCGAGAUCCCACUACUGGCUGGUUCUGGCAUGCCGAGAAAGGCUUAUUUCCGCCGACAAACUAAGCUUUUC